GCGCGGCCAGUGCGGUAACCAUAGAGUGGCACCGGCCGGCAGAGAGGCUAGAAGUCCAGGCCUCUCUGCGCCUGGCUUCCGGCUGUGCCACAUUGCUCCGGGAGCUGCCGCGUACGCUGUUUCCAUGGGGACGGAACAUGGCGCCACGAGAUAAAAGGUUGUCUUCAACUCCUCUCGAAAUCCUGUUCUUUCUGAAUGGGUGGUAUUAUGCUACCUAUUUCCUGCUGGAGCUCCUUAUUUUCCUAUACAAAGGUCUCCUGCUGCCAUACCCAACGGCCAACCUAGUCCUGGACGUGGUGAUGCUGCUCCUUUAUCUUGGCAUUGAAGUGAUACGGCUGUUUUUUGGUACAAAGGGAAACCUCUGCCAGCGAAAGAUGCCCCUUGGCAUUAGUGUGGCCUUGACCUUCCCAUCUGCCAUGAUGGCUUCCUAUUACCUGCUGCUGCAGACCUACGUGCUCCGCCUAGAAGCUAUUAUGAACAGCAUCUUGCUCUUCUUUUGUGGCUCAGAGCUGCUGCUUGAGAUGCUCACGCUGGCCACCUUCUCCAGUAUGGACAGAAUCUGAAGUACAAGAUCUCCAGCUGGUAGCCCAUCAGGGUGAGAACACAUAUCCUUUCGGUACUGCAGCCACACUUAUGAAAAGUGGUAGGUCAAGCUGGUCUGGGAAAGGUUCUGUGGUUUUUCCUCCACACAGACUGUGGACAUUGAGCACCUACCUACCUUAGGUCAGUGGCACCAUCCUUAAACCAGGAUCAUCAGCAGGAGACUCCUACAUUUUGUUGUAGGGAGGAACAAGUCUGUCCUCAUCUUGGUCUUUCUUCUAACAGCUUCCUACUGACCUCAAGUUCUCUUCCUUGGUCAUCAUGGCCAAAGCUCCUUGUGUGGACCACACGUUUGCUGGGCUUCCAGCAGGACCUGAGCCACAGCAUCCUGUACAUGUACCACAUCUGUCCUAUAAGCACGGAAAGCUUCCUAAUGGUGUGCUCCUGGGCUGAUUCAAAUGUUUCCUGCCCCUGUGUCGCCCCCUCACCCCUGCCCUGCUCAAAGAGAUGGCAAUCCAGAACUCUUUUAGUAGUUCUUAGUAUUAUUUUUGUACUCUGAUCAUGAAGCAAACACAAUUUUAUAAUAAAAAAUAUUUUCUGAUAUGGGGCGGGUUGUCUUUUCCCUAUAACACCUGUCUAAACUUCGUAU